AUGUCGGAGCCGGCGCAGGCGCCCAGAUCCAUGGAGUUAAGUGUGGUUAGCCACAAAGUCCCUGGCCAAGCCUCGACCUCGAACUUUCGUGGUCCAAAAAGAACAAGUGUGGCGUCGCCUCGUCUGGAGAAUCGAGGCCUUAGGCCAAAUAGUGUUCUGCCUCUCUGUGUUUCUGCAGCCAUCAGGAGGAAGGAGAAUGGUUGGUACGACGAAGAGCAUCCUCUCGUAUUCCUCUUCCUCGGCUCAUCAGGAAUCGGAAAGACAGAGUUGGCCAAACAGGUGGCUCGCUACAUGCACAAGGACCUGAAAAAGGGGUUCAUCCGUAUGGACAUGUCCGAGUUCCAGGAGAAACACGAGGUGGCAAAGUUCAUUGGCUCCCCGCCGGGGUACGUGGGACACGAGGAAGGCGGUCAGCUGACCAAGCUGUUGAAGGCGUGUCCCAACGCUGUGGUCCUGUUCGAUGAAGUAGACAAGGCCCACCCUGAUGUCCUCACCAUCAUGCUGCAGCUCUUUGAUGAGGGUCGCCUCACAGACGGUAAGGGGAAAACCAUUGAAUGUAAAGACGCCAUCUUCAUCAUGACCUCUAACAUUGCAAGUGAUGAAAUUGCCCAGCAUGCACUGCAGCUUCGUCAGGAAGCAGAAGACGUCAGCCGCAGGAAGCUGGCGGACAAACUCGAGGACGUACAGAAAGGGGAUGACGUCAAAAUCUCCCGACAGUUUAAAGAAAGUGUGAUUCGACCGAUCCUAAAGGCUCAUUACCGGAGGGACGAGUUUCUGGGUCGGAUCAAUGAGAUCGUAUACUUCCUGCCGUUCUGUCACUCAGAGCUGCUGCAGCUGGUCACCAAAGAGCUCAACUUCUGGGCCAAGAAGGCCAAGCAGCGCCAUGACAUCACUCUUCAGUGGGAGCGCCCGGUUCUGGACCUGUUGGCGGGGGGGUACAACAUGCACUAUGGAGCACGCUCCAUCAAACAUGAGGUUGAGCGGCGGGUUGUCAACCAGUUAGCCGCGGCGUACGAGCAGGAGCUGCUGCCCAAAGGCUGCACGCUGCGUCUCACCGUCCAAUCAGAGGACCAGGAGGAUCUGAGCACGCCCAGCUUGCGCCUGGAGGUGGUCGGAGAGGACAGCACAUCGAGAACGCUGGACAUCCGUCCGCCGCUCAGCCCUGAACACUAACACAGACACACAGAGAGUCUAUCCAGAUAUUUAUGCACACAUGUACACUUUCCACACUCACAGCAUCAUCAUAGUGUCAGGAGCAUGGAUAGUUCUUGAUGGAUGUUACCAAUAAAAGUACCUCUGAUAAACACAUCACUGCCUCUCUGUUUCAGUACACACAUGCAGUAAUCACAUGCCAACUUUUCGCAAUAUCGCAGUAUAAUAUCUGCCAACUAUGUGUGCUGUAAGCAGUAUAUAAAGUCAUCCUACGUGACCAUUAAAGUGUAUCAUAUAACAGACUUUCAUAUCAGCUGGGUGCUGAUAUCCAGAGCUGUGCACACAGUUGUUGGAUAUCAAAUCUAAGUGCAGGGUGAGUAAAUGUUGCAGGCUGUAAACGAAGCAAAGAGGCUUCAGUGCCAUCAAACAUCCCAUCAGUGGAGGGAAGCCAUUAUAUAAGCUAAACUAGACUUCAUAUCAUUACGUAUGUAGUAGCCUAUUGUUAAUGAACCUAGCUGUGACGUAGUGAUGAAGUUAAUGUCCACUUUAUAGUGUAGAGCACUGAAAACAGCCAAAUUAUUGAAUAUUUAUUAAAAGCUAUAUUUAAGUUAAUGGAAAUGAACAGUGGCAUGCCCCACAUUAAAAGGCUGAGUGGUAGAUUUGUUGUUGCAUGAUUUAGCAGAAAAAAAUAUCAAAUGGGGAAAAUCCUAACAGAUCUGUUGACAAAUAGCAACACUUAAAUUCCUUUAAUACGUACAAAAUGAUGUGUGGAUGAAUAACAUCUACGAGUUGUCCGUUUGCUUUGAAGGAAAGGAACAUUUUAAUGACCAGAGAGAGUUUGGCACUGCGUCAGAUUGUUGCCUGUGUUCACUUAAAUGUUCACUUCAUUUAGAAAAUCCUCACCAGAAGAGCUUCACUGAUAAAUGUUUGCAAACACGACUUGCUAAUUCAUUUGUGUUUAAUAUGUUAGUGGAGAAAUACCAAGCAGAAAUGUAUAGCAGCCCGUUUGAAUGAUGGGUAAUAAAACUGCCUUGUGAAUUGUUUCUGUUGAUGCAUGUGAAUGUAAAGAAGUCUCUUCUGUCACGACGAAGUGCUCCAUGCUGUACACUGACAUUAAGAGAAAUGUAGAGACAUAAAGAAAUAAUAUUCAAAGUGUUGUUUCAUAAAUGUUUUAGCAGCAUCUCGACAAGGCGCCAAAUGUAAUGGAGUGACAUUUUUCAUUCUUGUAUCCCAACCUCCACCGUGUAAAUAAAGUCAUCACAACAAAAA